AUGGGAGUAGUUUGUGAGUUCCGAAUGAUGGCAAAUAAUCGUAUACCUUCGGGGCCGAAUACGCCUGGGAGUCAACAGACUCCUACACAGCAAGGAAUCAAGAUAUUUAUACAGAGGGAUUAUUCCGAGGGCACUGCAGUAAAGUUCCAGACUCGUUUCCCGCCAGAACUGGAAGAUCGAAUAGAUCGCCAAACCUUCGAGUAUACAAUGGAACGGCUGAACGAACACUUUGAAAUGGCAGAGACAGCUGACUGCAGUACAUACUGUGAAGGCUGCCUGGCCUGUCUUACUGCCUACUUCAUAUAUAUCUGCACCGAGACACAUUAUGAAAAGCACCUAAGGAAAGUAUCAAAAUUCAUAGCGACACAAAACGAAAGAGUUUACAAUCCGCGCGGGAUUCACAUCACAGACCCAAUCCUAAGGGGGCUACGGGUCAUAGAGAUCACUGUCAUUGACGUACCGAACUGUCAAAGUCCGACUGGCAACUCGAACAAUCAAAUGAGGCAUACAUGACCACCACAGGAAAAUAGGGAGUUCUUCAUGUAACCAACAAGACUCUUCUUGAUGUAAGGAUUUGGCUCUUAUCCGGGAAAAUAAGGUUUGUUUUUCUGAUUACAAACGUCAAAACAAUGUUUGACAGCUGUCAUUAAUUUGUGACGUUUAAUUUUAGGAUAGUAUUUUUGACAGCUGGUUGUUUUGAUAAUGUGACACCUAAUUUACUAAUUAGUUGACUUUAUUAUAUUCCCAUUAUGUGAUUACAUUUAUUUUUAAAAUCAUUUGUGUGUUUUGACGUCUCAGUACCUAUCAG